AUGAGAAUACUACUAGAGGUGGCAGUAGCAGCAGCAGCAGCAUCUGAGUACGGCGGCAUAGUCAAACACUUCUCUCCACCGCCACUCUCAACAGCCUCGCCGCCACCAAUACCGCCACCAUGCGUUACUCACGCUUGCCGCUGGUGGCCCUACUCCGGUUCUAAACAGUUCGAGGCCAACGCUGCCAUGGUGCUCAUCAUCCUCCUCUCCGCUCUCAUCUGCGCCCUCGGCCUCAACUCCGUCAUCCGCUGCUUCCUCCGCAGCACUCACCUCGUCGACGACGAGGAGCACAACCGCCGCCGCAACAACCCUGAUCAUGAGUUGGCUCGCAUGCAGCUAAAGACCAAUGCGGCCGCGGCUCCCUGCUAUGACGGGGGGCCCACGCUGGUGUACUCGCCGGAGAUGAAGGCGGAGCUGGCGGGAGCCGCGGCGGAGUGCGCCAUUUGCUUGUCGGAGUUUGUUGAUGGGGAGGGGAUAAGGGUGUUGGAGAGGUGUAAGCAUGGGUUCCACUCCCACUGUAUUCAAGCCUGGCUGUCUUCUCACUCUUCUUGUCCCACGUGCCGUCGCACGUGCCUCCCUCCUUCUCCUCCUCAUCCGCCGCAGCAGUCCACCGAGGUGGACCAACCGCCCUUGCCGGAGAGUACUGGUCCGUGA